AUGGCUCAAGCAUUACCGUCAAGUCAAAAUGAGUUGGAAAAUCGAUCACAAUUACAUACAACAACCGUGACUCAUAUACAAACAACGAGAAAUAACAAUGGAAGUAAUCAAGCUGAACCUACGGAAGAUCAGCGUCCGUUUGGCUAUGGUCCAUGUCGUAAAUGUAACAUGAAUAAAAUUUGCAUAUUGUUCAUUAAUUGCAAACAUCUAGUCUGUUGUUAUAAAUGUGCAAGCGAAUGUUCCUCAUGUUUAGCAUGCGGACAAAUAGUGAUUGGACGGCUUCGUGUAUUUGAACCGAAUUAG